UAAGCAUCAGAGAGCAGAAGAGAUAUAAUAGCAUAUAUGUUGUGAGCUCUUUGUAAGGCAACAAUUGACCGAUUGUUUGAGAUAUAUAUAAAUAUUAGAGUGAAAGAAUUUCCUCUAUUUUCGAUCCUAAAUUCACUACAUAUUUCCGCCGUGCCCCAACAAAUUUGGUAUCAGAGACUAUACCAUUUUCCUAUCCUCCUUAACCAAUCCCAUAUAUCCUACCAAAAAAAAUCACAAAAAAAUCAUGGCACCAGUCUAGGAGAACACAAUGUUCGUAAAUACCCCCAGUCAGAUUCCAAUUCGAGGGUGAACUCUAUGAGUACUGGAGCGAACAAAUGGAGACAAUCUUCAUUGCUCAAGACUUGUGGGAUAUCAUCAAAGAAGGUCAUGACUAAGUCAAGAUGGAGGACGAAUCUGGCAAAAUGUCAAAAGCAAAGUUCAAGCAAUACAAGGUGAAUGUCCGGAGGAAUGCCAACGCCCUACUAAUAAUUCAACAGGAGGUCAGCAAGGCUAUAUAUCCUCGAAUUUUUGGCAUUAUAAAUGCUAAAAAGGUGUGGGAAGUUUUGCAGAAUGAAUUUCAAGGCAACCAUCGAGCAAUCUCCAUCAAAUGCCAAAAUUUAUGGCGUGAUUUCGACAACCUGUCGAUGAAGGAGAUUGAAAGUAUCAAAGACUUUCAUUCUCGUGCAGCCGAGAUAGUCAACAAGAUCAGAGCCACCAAUGACAUCAUGGAAAAAAGGAAGAUUGUGGAGAGAAUUCUCCGCAGUUUAUCUCCAAAAUUUGAGCAUAUCGUGGUUGUCAUUGAGGAGACAAAAGAUUUGUCUAAAUUACCAAUGACUGAAUUGAUGGGUUCACUCGUCGCUCAUGAGCAGAGGAUGAGGAAAUUUACCGAUCAACCACUGGAGCAAGUUUUUCAGUACAGUCAACAUGGUCGAAGCCAAGACUACCAAGCCGGAGCAAGACAAUAAAGGAAGAUCCGACUGCAACGAGAACAGGUACUGCAUUAUCUGUCAGAAGACAGGACACACGGGAAAAUUUUGCAGAUUCAAGUGCCAAAGGUGCACGAACCCAAAUCACUCCCAAAGGGAUUGUUGGUUCCAGAAGAAAGAAACAAGAAGAUGAUCAAGAAGAUAAAGAUGCAAACUUCACUCAAGAUGAAGAGAUCAAUCAUAUUUCACUCUCGUACGUCAAGGGUGAUAAAAAUUCGCAACGGUUAAUUGCGGAUUAAGAAGGGAUGAUGAAAGUAAUCCGCCAAUUCACAUGCUACCCUACAAGCUCUACAAUUAUGAGCAUCCAUCAACCAACUACCCUACAAUAAUUAAAUUAAAAUAAUUGAAGUAAAGUUAUCCAUAUGCUAAACCUACCCACCAUAAUAAUUAAACAAAAGAAAAAAGAAUUGGCCACAAGUUCAAUUGGUUACCAGACAAGCUAAGGUAGCAAAAUAAAUAGCCAUUAGAACCUUCACUUAUUGGCUUUGGAGUCUCUUGUAAUGGCUGUAUAAAUAGCCUCAAUUGGA